UGACAGUUGUGGCUAACACACACACGCUCGCACACCCCCAAACAAGUCACGAACUCUACUCCUCAGCCAAAAACAAAUUUUCUAUCCGAUGUACAAAAUGUGCAAUCUGUCCAACCUACUCAACUUCAUCAUCUGCGUGGCGAGUUUUAGCCAAAACUUCGAGGGCACUUUGGCCGUGAAGAGGGGACCGCACCACCCUAGGGGGGAGACGAGGAGGGUGGACCAACAUCUUACCCACGAAGAGCAUCGCAUCGAUGACGACCUGCGGGACAUGGGCGUGCAGGCGAAUCUGGAGGACAUGACCGAGGAGGAGAAAAUCUUCUACAUGUUCAAGGCCCACGACAAUGAUAACAACAAUGCCUUGGACGGCCUGGAGAUGAUUCAGUCCGCCAUGCAUCACAACUACGAUUACUUCAAGAACACCGAAAGGGACGAGUAUCUGCAGAACGCCACAGAUGAGCUGGAGCACUUCAUAGAGGCCAUCGACAAGUUUCUGCUGAUUGCCGACGACAAUAACGACGGUCUGCUGCACUAUCCCGAGUUCGUGAAGGCCAUCACUGGCGGCAAGGAGCAGGUCAGUGUGGACAGGAAUAUCCUGCGCUAAUCCCACCUAGGAUCAGUACCAGCACGUUGAUCACCCUAAAGACGCAGUAGACACAAUAUUAGAGUAGCGUAGAUAAAUAUUAGCAAAUAAUCUGAUUUCCAGCUGAACCAUUGAGACUGUACACACCACGAGCAGAAUAAAACUAUCAUUAGGCUGCAAUUUGUUUGUACUACAAUCUAAUUUAAUAUACAUUUAAUAGAUACAUAAA